CUUUAUCUUCGCCGGGGCAAGGAGGAAAUCUCGUCGGGAUGGGGAAGGCGAAGCGGGCGUCCAUCUUCAUCAGGCUCGUGUCGGCCGCUGGCACGGGGUUCUUCUACGUGAAGCGCAAGAACCCUCGCCGGAUCACGGAGAAGCUCGAGUUCAGGAAGUACGACCCCCGCGUCAACAAGCACGUCCUCUUCACGGAGGCCAAGAUGAAGUGAGCGCGCGCGCGCGCGCGGUCUUCGCCGGAAGAUGCAAUAACGCCGUCGAGCCCUGUUACGAACCUGAGAGAGAGAAAGAGAGACAUCUGUUCUUGUUCGUUGUUUUUUUUUCCUUGCUGUCGAUGGACUGGGCUGCGGCGCGGUGCAGCUCAUCUGUUCCUUCCUGCCGCUAAUCCAAGUCCGUUCAUCCCCAUCCAUGAAGCUCCUGGCCCAGGCCCCUGUUGCUGUACUGUUUCUGUGUUCUCUCUCUAGUCUCUCCCUGACAUCGUCUAGACAGAUUUGACAUUUCGCCUGUCUGUGUAA